CUUCCGCCCAGUUGCCAAUCGUUGUUCGCCGCUCACAUCCGGGCCACGCUGCUCCUCCUGCUCCGGUACUCGGCGGCUGGAGGUAACCGGGUACAGGGUGUGGCACGACCGGGGCUAGCUCCGCCCGGAGGGGACCCUGCGGGGAGGGCGCAGCGCUAAAAUGCCAAGGGACACCCGCUGGACACAUAUUGUACUGCGUUGCCUGCUUCAAGUUCAGUUGCAACCUUUGCCUGCUUUAUAGCCUUCAGUGGUCCACUGGAUAAAGGGGCUAAGAAUAGCUGAGAUCCUGGCGCAGGAGGAGCAAGAACCAUCCUGGGUCACUGGGGACGUAGAGCACUUUUGGGGAGCGAGUACCCGAUUUUGACUAGUUCCCACUUCCACUCCAAUCAUCUAGGCGUUCGAAAUGCAUCCCUCCCUGCAGUUUUCUGGGACACGUGACAGGCCCCAGAAGACUACAGAACCAUUCACAAUUGCGCAAUAGGAAGAGGAGCUGGCUGUCCAAGAUUUAUUAGCAUUUUACGGCUAUGAAGCAUCAGACCCUUUACCAGAAAAUGAUGUAGAGAGUAGUGAAUCUGAACGUACACAGCCUUUAUUUCAGGUACAAAUAUCAGCUGAAACUGAACCGAUGUCUCCUUCUUUGGCUUCUGGAGGGUCUGCUGAUCUCUCUCCUCGUUUGGCAGAUUCUCCUGAGGACUGGACAGUGGAGUGUGAGAUCACGUCUGAGGAAGUCUUGUUUGGAUCUGAGCCUCAACUUCCAUAUCUGAGAUACACCCCGACUGGUGAAAGAGAUUCUCAGGAUAAAGAUCAGCUGCUUUGGGAUCCUAGUGUUCUCCCUGAAAGUGAAGUGGAGAACUACCUAACGAGAGUAGCAGAGUAUCAGCUUGGGACUGGUGAAGCUUAUAAUCAAGAUGAAGGGAUUAUCAGAGAUAAUGAGCAGGCUCUCUUUGAAUUGGUAAAAUGUAGAUUUCACACAGAAGAAGCUCUCCGAAGACUCCACUUUAAUGUCAAGGUAGUACAAGGUCAGCUGUGUGCUUGGAGUGAAGAUGAGUGUAGAAGUUUUGAGCAAGGAUUUCGGGUUUAUGGGAAAAACUUUCAUCUCAUCCAGGCUAACAAGGUGCGCACACGGUCAGUAGGGGAGUGCGUCCAGUUUUACUACAGUUGGAAAAAGUCUGAACGCUAUGAUCAUUUCACCCAGAGUCGGAUGGGAAGGAGAAAGCAGCUGAUAAAUUCAGCAUCCAUAGAGUAUGAAAGUGAUGUGCCAAUUUCAAAGUGUCAGUAUGGACUGCGCGGAUCUGUAUUAAACAAAGGAGUUGGAGCUGGACCCAAGAAGAGCUCCUCUCAGGACAGUACCUGCACCUGCAAUAAAGAUCAAUAUCCUUGCAGACUUCACACGUCCCCUUGUUCUAACCAGGAGGAUCAGCAAUCUCUUGGCCUGCACAAUGAAUCAAUCAGCGUUGACCCACACCAGUCAGAACUGCCUUCAUUACCUGAUGCAAAAAAGCAAGACCACCCUUUGGAAGAAUUAAACAUGGCUGAGUUACCUCUUCAUAGCUUUUUGUCAAGGCAACCAUUUUUUUGCACUGGUUCUUAUUCUUCCUAAACAUUUAUUUCUUACCUUCUACUUUAAAGUUGCCUUGGAUUUAUUUUUUCUAGCCGCUUUCACCAUUCCUUCUGUCGUUAUCGGCUGUUGGGUUAUAGAUGCUUAAUUGUAUCAACUCAGGAAGACAUAACCAACAAUACCAGAAAAUCUGGAGGCUUUAUAAUUUGAAGUAUUCAUUAAACUGUGCUAAAAAUGGCUUGGUUUAAGCAACUUGUAAUGCAACUUGUAAUACUGUUUAAUUUAUUUAUAACGUUUCUUUACACACAUUUAACACUGCUAGCAUACAAACAUCUUUUAGAUUGCACAUAAAAUUUGAUCUGCUUUAACUGGUCAAACUCACUGGGUGAAUCAUAUUGCCACUAAGUAGUGUUAUGCAGCAUGGGCUGUCAUAAUCUUAUACUAUUAAAGUCAGUAGCAGUAAUUUUUGGCUGAAUUUGGCAUAAACAUAUCCACAAUUGCCUGCACUGUCAUGAAAAUGUAUUAAACACAUCUUCAUAGCUAAAGUACAACUAUAGCCUUGAGGAAAGGGCUAUGUUGCAAAUCGGGUGUGUUUGGAAGGUAGGCACUGCUUUUUAUUUUUUAUAAUUAAGUUUAAAGUGUUUUGGAAGGGUGAUUUAUUAAGGCAUGCCUCUCUAUCAGGUAAGCUCCGUUUCCAUACUGUUUUUAGCUUUGCUCCUUUUGUUGUAAUGAGGAUAGGUUGUGGAAGAGUUUGGUGUCACUUGCAAUGAUCCUCCGAGGUCACAUUGAUUUCAACAGCUAAUCUGCUAGAACACCACUAUGCUAAUGUGACAGUAUGGUGUGUUAAUCGUUAAUUAAUCGUUUGUUUGACAUGCCUCCUUUGAUAUUAUUUUUAAACAACAUUGUACAUUUUGGAGUUGAAUUUUAUUUGGUUUUGUAAAACUAACAUCAAUAAAGAAAAACACGAGCCAUG